AUGCCCCUUUAUGCAAAACGCACUGCUCAACAACUGCUCUGGAAACUUCUAGAAAUGCCCUUAUCCCAAUUUCAGAACGCAAACAAAGAACUGCGUCUAACAGGCCAUGCUUCCAAACUUCAACGAGGCCAAAGUCUUCGGCAAGCCGUGAAGCCGACAAAACCGUUGAAAGAUGACGUGGAAAAUCAUCUAAAACAGGGAAUUCAGGCGAUAAAUAAAGAAAAUUGGAGACAAACACAUUGUAGACGUUUCACAUUGAGAUUUGAGAAGAAUCAUGUAGAGAAAAAGUUUUUGGAGAUUAAGGAGUCAGCACUGUUAGCUCAGAUAUGUUGCUAUUUCUUUAUUUUUAUUCUAGCUUGUUGGAUUUUGAUUAUUGGAAAGAUGAGCAGCUCAGCGAUGUUCGUUUGUAUGAGUGUGGCUAUCGCCUCACUUGUCAUUCUGCUCAUCUACAUGGCAUUAAAAGCUUUUUUGUUGAGAAAUGCAAAACGAGGAGCGAAAAAACUGAAAUGUUCACGAAGUGCUCGAAUUUUCUUCAUUUUCGCUAUCGUGCUUCUCGCACAUUCCACAGUUAUCAGUGUGAGUUAUGCUAUACCUGCAAAAUUGGUUAGGAGGAAUAUUUCAUCGUGAAA